CAUCAAAAAAAAAAAUGAAUCUCUGCUGCAUUACCGUUCUUCCUUUUCUUCCUUUUAUCAUUUUUUCAUUGGUUAUUUUUUAUUUACUACUUCUCAGGUUCUUUAGUAAUACCUCGACCUCAAACAAUACUUCAGAAGACACUCCAUCGAACAAUAUUUUGACAACUCCCGAAAUUCCACCUUGUUUUGAAGGAUUAGAAGAACAGUGGGCAGAGCUCAAUAAAGACGGAAGAGAUUUUCGGAACGAAAUUUGGUUCAAAUCGCACAUUUCUAUGUCAAGAAAGGAAAAUAUCACCCCUUUGGAGCACCUGGCAAACUUUUUAAGAAGAACAUACCAAGAAGUAGGUUCUGACGAAGAAUCAUUACAGGAAGAGAAUCUAUCUGAAGAGGACGACAAUGUUUCUGACUACGAAGAAUUUGAAUUAUGUCUCACCGACGAAUCAUCAUCAGAAGAGGACCCUGUCGACAAAUAACUUUAACCCCAACUGCUCUUACGAUUUGAGCCAAAGAAAAAAGGCGAUAUUUCUUGUGUGACACCAGCUCAGAUAGCUUCAUGUAAGUUCCCCAAUUUCUACGAUCUAAAGUCAUUUAUCUAAAUG